CGCCCAUCGGUGCGGCCGGUUCCAUCGGGGCGGCGGGCGCGGGGGCGCCAUGAGGCGGGGCUGAGGCCGGAGCGGGAGCGGCGCCGGCACCGGGACGGACACCGAGCCCGGCGGGCCCGGCCGCCGCGCCAUGCGAGCGGGCUGAGCGGCGGGCAGGGCCGCGGCAGGCACCGAGCGGCCCGCGAACGCCGAGGGAAGCGCCGCCGGAUCCAAGGUGCUGGUGUCUCGCCCUGCCUGGAGCCUGAGGUCCCGAGUGCCCAUCCGCUUCCCGACGUCACCAAUGCGACCAUGGGAACUGGCAGUGAAUAGGCGGCCACCCUCUGCCCCUUUUAACCAGCGUCGUUUCUCGGGGGGACCCUGCAGCAGCCCCGACCACCUCCGGCGAAGCCCCCCUGCCAGGCGUCAGUGGGGACGACGCGAACGACCUCUGGCAGCCCUGCUGGGCCAGGAUGAGCCCCAGCUGCACCCUGCCUUCCCCCAGCAGCCGCACGGCCCUGUAGAUGAGCCCCGCGCAUACGCUCUCCCCAGCACGCCGCCACGAAUGCUUCACCCGGCCGCUCACCCGCCCCACCAGAACCCAUUCAUGGUGGAUCUGCAUGACCAGGUGCACCAGGGACCUGUCCCUCUCUCCUACACGGUUACCACCGUCACGACGCAAGGCUUCCCCAUCCACGCCGGCCAGCACAUCCCUGGGUGCAGCACCCAGCAGCUCCCAGCAUGCUCAGUGAUGUUCAGUGGACAGCACUACCCGCUCUGCUGCCUCCCACCCCCGCUGAUCCAGGCAUGUGCCAUGCAACAGCUUCCCGUCUCCUACCAGACAUUCCCCCCCAUCAUCUCCAGCGACCAUUACAUACUGCACCCCCCACCACCGCCAGUGCCCCCCCACCAGCCGCCCCACAUGGCCCCCCUGGGGCAGUUUGUACCUCUCCAAGCCCAGCAUCCGCGUAUGCCUCUGCAGAGGAUAGACAAUGACGUGGACCUGCGAGGGGAGCAGCACCCCAUCGCGGGCUUCACAUACCCCCCGUCCCACCAUGCUCCCACGCUGUCCCCCUCCGUGCCGCUGCAUUACCUCCCCCACGACCCGCUGCACCAAGAACUGCCAUUCGGCGUGCCAUACCCCCACAUGAUGCCCCGGCGGCUGAACACCCAGCGGUACCGGCUGCAGCAGGCGCUGCCCCCUCCGCCGCCCCCUCCGCCGCCCCCCCCGUACUACCCGAGCUUCCUGCCCUAUUUCCUCUCUAUGCUUCCUGUGUCGCCGACAGCCGUGGGACCCACGAUCAGCCUGGACCUGGAUGUGGAUGAUGUGGAGAUGGAGAAUUACGAGGCGCUCCUGAACCUGGCCGAGCGGCUGGGGGAGGCCAAGCCGCGGGGACUCACCAAAGCAGACAUCGAGCACCUCCCGUCCUACCGCUUCAACCCCGAGAGCCAUCAGUCCGAGCAGACCCUGUGUGUCGUGUGCUUCAGUGACUUCGAGGCCCGGCAGCUUCUCCGCGUCCUGCCCUGCAACCACGAGUUCCACGCCAAGUGUGUCGACAAAUGGUUAAAGGCAAACCGCACGUGCCCGAUCUGCCGGGCGGAUGCGUCGGAGGUGCAGCGGGAUGCGGACUGAGGCAGGCGGGUGCUGAGCCGCACAAUUCGCUAGAGGACGAGGACGCCGGGCCAGGGGUGGGGGCCGCUGCCCGCUGCUAGGGCCUGACCCUGUGCUUACCCCCCCUCCCCAAAGCCUCUCCUCGAUGUGGUGAGCAUUGAGCAGCCCGGGCUCCCGGCCAGCCCUCCUCCUCCCCGCCGGGCACGGACUCGGCUGCGCUCCUGGGGCCCCGAAUCGUGUUGUGCUGGAGGCAGGAGGCGCGUGGCCGUGCCCUCCGCGCUCCAAAGACGCUAUUGUUGCUCCAUCACUUUCCAGGUCUUUGUACUCCAUUAGGGAAUUAGGGUUUUUUCCCUUUUGUCACCUUUUUUUUUAAUGGUAGGUUGUUUCCCCCCUUCCCUGUUUCCUUUUCCUGUCGCGCUUUUGGUUCCAUGGCCGUUUGCCCCAGCGGCUCCUCCCCUCGACGUUGCUCAUGGAGGAGAGAGAAGGGAGUGCCGCGGGUCGAUGCAUCCCGAGCCACAGCGCCGGGCCGGGGGCAGCCAGAGGAGGUGGCCGAGGUCGGACACCAGCAGCCUUGCUGUGUGGCCGGGGCAGGAUCGCCUCCAUCCCCGCUCCGCACGCAGCCCCUCUCCCGCCUCGACUUCCCAGCGGAGCCCCGGAGUGUUGUGGCUGUUUGGGGUCUUAGCCAGUGGGAGGAUGGUGCUGGCACAGCCCUGGCCCCUCUCCCUGUUCAUUCUAUUCCCAGCACAGCUCCUGGGGCUGGGCCGUGGCAUCCUAUGAUGCCUGAAGGGGGGAGACCCAGCCCCAUCCUUGCAGCCAUGGGCAUGAGGUGUCCGCCUGGCCCGCGGCUCCUGCUGCCGUUUCUCUAUCCCGCUGCCAUAGAUUGGAAUAGCCCCAUGCCCCGUCCUGCUGGCUGGGCGGCUGGGGCGGGGGAGCCCGGCCGGGGGCCACGGGACGGGGUUAAUCCAGAACCUCGUGGUGUAUUUUCAGUGCUACCCCUGGCUCUGCCCCAGCCGGUGCGGGGGGGAGCUGUGAGCAUCCCCCCCGCUGCCAUAUCUUCCCCAUAACCGUUUGGGGCCGGGCGGUGUGGGGCCAGGGGAGAUGGCGCCGCCCGGCUCCAGCCAUCCCGCGUUGCCGUGGUUUUGCAUGAUUCCUUAGUGAGGAGGGUGAUAGGCGGGGGGGUGGCGUGAGGGCCGCCCUCCCCUCGCGGCGCGCGUUGCUGACGCCUGGGAGCCUCCGAGCGGACGCCAGCCCUAUGUAAAUGUUCACAAAUAUGCAUGCAUGUCUGACCAGCUUGGAACGUGGUCUUGGCUACGUGUAGCCGGCUGUGGGGUGAGGGGGGUGGGGAGAGGGGUUUUUGUGCUCAGCUGAUACUGCCAUGCACUGUACUGCACAUGUCCGCAACGCCACAGCAGGACCGUGAGACUUUUCAGGGCCGUCCCCGCGGGGUCUGCGCCCCUCCGAGCGGGAGGCGGCGGCGUGUGCAAGGGGACGGGGUGGGAGGGUGGCGGGGGGACGCUCCCCGCGGGGCGGGGGGCCGGCGGCGGGGCUGGCCCCGGGCAGCAGCCGGGUGCGAGGCCGGGGGCACAUGGAGGGGAGCGGGACCGUGCUGCCUGCGCUGCCACGCCAUUGGUCCAGAGGGGCCUCUCGCCAAUCAGCAGGUCUCCACCCAGCCAAUUGGGUGCCGGGGGGCGGCAGGUGGUGUGUCGCUAUUGGCCAGCUCCCCCUUGCCUCCCUUCCCCAGCCUUGGCGGUCCCCACGUGCGGAGCGUCGAGGCCGAUGGCCCUGUCCUGGUGCCACCAGCUCCGCCGCGGGCACUGGCACCGCUGGGCUCGGUGCCCCUUGGGCAGGACCCUGGCCCCCUCCCCAUCCCUCACUCAGUGACUGAUAACCAAAGGAGUCCCCGUGCCCCCCGGAGACGCCCCGUGUCCCCCACCCCUAUUCCUCCCCUCCCGCCCUCGCGGUGCCCAGGGAGCCAGGAAAGCCUUACGGUCCUUUGACGGCGACUCGAAAGCUCACAGCUCGUGUGCUGCAGAAUUUAUUCCAAUGAGCAGCUAAAAGUAUCAUUUAAGAAAAAAAAAAUAACAAAAAGAAAAAAUGACAAAAAAAAUACUAAAAAAAAACAAUUAUUUAGGGUGUUUGUGAUUGCUGACUGCGCUGUAGAUACCACUGUUUACCAAUGAUUUCCUGUGGUGGGAUAGUGGACUGUUUACUGUUCUAUUAUACCAGUCCCCGGGCCCUCCGGUGGGACCUCCGCGGCCCCCGCGGCUCCCCGGAAGGUGCUAGGACGUGUGUUCUGUGUUAGAAAGUUUUUAUAUAUAUAUAUAUAUAUAUAAAUAUAUAUAUAUAAUUUUUUUUGCUCUGUUACUUGCACAUUUUACAGUUACCUCAUUUUUCCCAUGUAUGUAUUUGAAAAAAGGCUAAUAUAUAGAAAAAAAAAGGUUCUUAAAAGCUCUAAAAGUGUUUGUUUUUUUUCCAUUCCAUUGGAAUCAUAUUGGUUUUGUAGCAUUUAACAUAACUAGUAUGUUGUAUUAUAUAUAUGUGUAUUAUACUGAUUGAAAUUUUUAACAGAUUUGUACUUUUUUUAAAAUGAAAGUUGCUAGUUCUGCUUGACCAAGUAGUGCAAUCAUUAUUUUUUUUAAUGUUGUGGCUGAUUUUGAGAGGGAUAUUCACUAAUAAAUGUAUGAUGUAUACCAACA